CAACGAGAGAGAGCGCGCGCGCGCCCCAUUUGGUAGUGGAAGUAGGUUAAACUCGUCUCCUCACUUAAACACACUCACCUUCCUUCCUUCCUUCCUCCUCUCCUCUUCUCUUCAUCUUCUCCCCAAGAACUGCACACCACCAACCUCAUCAAGAGCACGAGCUUCGUCGUGUCAAGCAGUCCAUCAAUGGUGAUCCCAUGAAGGAGGAGGAGGAGGAGGCGUGGAGGUAGCAGCGGGAGAGGGAGAAGAAGGGAUGUACAAGAACCAGCUGCAGGAGCUGGCGCAGAGGAGCUGCUUCAGCCUGCCGUCGUACGUGUGCACGAGGGAAGGCCCCGACCAUGCGCCGCGGUUCAGGGCCACCGUCACCUUCAACGGCGAGACCUUCGACGGCCCGUCCAACUGCACCACGCUCCGCCAGGCCGAGCACGCCGCCGCCGAGGUCGCCCUCGCGCGCCUCUCCCUCCGCGGGCCCUCCUCCUCCCUCACCGCCCGCGUCCUCGAUGAGACGGGGGUGUACAAGAACCUGCUGCAGGAGACGGCGCACAGGGCGGGGCUGAAGCUGCCGGUGUACACCACGGUGCGGUCCGGGCCCGGGCACUCGCCGGUGUUCUCGUCCACCGUCGAGCUCGCCGGGAUGAGCUUCGCCGGAGACCCCGCCAAGACCAAGAAGCACGCCGAGAAGAACGCCGCCAUGGCCGCCUGGUCCUCGCUCAAGCAGAUGCCGGAGGCGCGCAGGGAGCCCGGCGGCGGCGAGGAGCAGGAGCACGUGGUCGUCGCCAGGGUGCUCGCCGCGCUGAAGCCGCGGGACGGUUGUGGCGGCGGCGCCGAUGGGAAGGCGGCGGUGUUACCGAAGAAGCAUCUCGCCGGCGCGUCUUGCUCGUCCGCCGCCCCGAGCCCGUCGCUGUACAGACACCAAUGGGGACGUCCGCCGCCUUCGCCGGCGGCCGGGCCGAAGAUACUGCCUCCCAUGCACCUGCUGCAGCAAGCGGCGGCGUCCAGCUCCAGAACCGACGCCGCCACGGCCGCCGCGGAGCUGGAGCAAGAGCGGAGGAAGGCCGCCGAGCUGGUGCAGAUGCUGCAAGCCGCCUUGCUGAGGGACAGGACCGCGGCGGACGCAAUGCCGCCGCCGCCGCCGCCUUGCUACUACACCCCAUACUACCACCACGGCGGCGUCGCCCCGGCGAGGUCCUUCGCCGGCGCCGCCCCAGGCGGGUUCCACGCGCCGCCGGCGGUGAGCGUGCGGUCAGUGAUCCCGGUCUGCGCCGCGCCACCGUCGCCGCGGCCGCCGGCGCGCAAGGACGACGAGCAACCAAGCGUCAAGAGAGCCUAGCGUAUUAAACCUAGCAAUCAAAAUCAUGCAGCCUGCAUCGAUCUGAACAAAGAGACGAAGAGAAAAAAAACAAGAACAUCACAAGACAUCAUCAUCAGAUCAGUAGCCAUGAGCAGCACAUGAACUCUGCUUCUUGCAGAGGAAUUUUGAUCACAA